GUACUGUCUCUUUAAGAGACCCGGAAGCGCUUCACGUCUGCGUGUUUACUGGUUACAGGUUGUCCACCGAAAGCUGAGCUGCCUCCCGGCGAUGAUAUCCCAUCCUGUUAUCUGGGCCUUUCGCACCAGUGUGGGGUGCUGGCGACACCGGUCUGUCCUCAAAGCUGCUCUACAAGCCACGGAAAUCAGCGGCUGGCGCUGCUUCUCUAGCACGAUUCGCGUCGGCGUCGCGGGCAUGGAGGAGAUACUGGCAAGGGUCGUUGCACCUCUACCCACAUACGAAACAAGAGACAAGUCUCCCCCUCCUCCCGAGUCAAACAGCGUGGAGUUUAUGCAUUUCUACAAAAGUCUAAGCAAAGAGGACAAACUGGACUUUCUCACGAAGCUGUCCCAAGACUUCGGAGUAGAACACAAAAGUGUUUCAGAGCUAGCUGGGAAGCUGUUGGACAAUCAGCUGCGGGACCUGUCGACCAUUUUGCAAGUCGAGGACAGGCUUCGGUACAGUUUGACUCCCCGUUAUAAACAGUUACUCGGUCACAUAAGCAGGGUGGAGAACGGAGUGAAGUUCCUGGUGGAUCUCAGAGCCGAUGUGCUUGAAAUACUGUCAUCCAAAGCUAGCGACAGCCCACACAUGAGGGACCUGAGCGGCACGCUGAAGAGCCUGCUGUCGGAGUGGUUCUCCGUAGGCCUGCUCCGACUGGAGAGGAUCACCUGGCAGUCGCCCUGCGAGGUUCUGCAGAAGAUCAGCCAGUACGAGGCGGUGCACCCCAUCAGGAACUGGACCGACCUGAAGCGCAGAGUGGGGCCCUACCGCCGCUGCUACGCCUUCACCCACGCCGCCAUGCCUGGAGAGCCUCUGGUGGUCCUACACGUGGCCCUCACGGAAGACAUCUCUGAUAACAUCCAGGGCAUCGUCCGUGAAUUUGCCACCCUCGACUCGGAGGAGGACGUGAAUAAGGUGAACGCGGCCGUCUUCUACUCCAUCUCCUCCACCCAGGCUGGCCUUCAGGGGGUGGAGCUGGGCAACUACCUCAUCAAGAGGGUGGUGAGAGAGCUGCAGAGUGAAUUCCCCCACAUGACCCAGUUUUCCAGCCUGUCUCCCAUCCCGGGCUUCUCCUCCUGGCUCCAAGGCCUCCUCAGCCAGUGCAGGAAGGAGGGCCGCAGCGCCGACCUCCUCUCCGGGCACGAGUGGAAGGAGGUGGAACAGGCCACGGACUCCUCCCCGGGGACCGCGGCCGUCGACGCCCUGCGCAAGCUGAUCGGCACCAGCGAGUGGAUGCACUCGGAGCGCCUGUGCCGCGUCCUGGAGCCCGCCCUGAUGCGCCUCUGCGCCUGGUACCUCUACGGCGAGAAGAGGCGGGGCUACGCCCUCAACCCGGUGGCCAACUUCCACCUGCAGAACGGCGCCACCAUGUGGCGGCUCAACUGGCUGGGCGACAGCAGCCCCCGGGGCGUGGCCAACUCCUGCGGCAUCAUGGUGAAUUAUCGCUACUUCCUGAAGGACACGUCCAAGAACGGCGCUCUUUACCUGCAGAGUAAGGCCAUUACGGCAUCGGAGCAGGUGCUGGGACUGGUGUCCCAGUUUCAGAAAAACAGCAAACUGUGAGGCAGAGACACUCAACAAGAGUCUGCACAUAAUAAUAAUAUAUUGAGUGAUUAUUCAGUUUGAAUUGACUCGACUAUUUCAUAGAAAACUCAGCUGAUAACUUAAGAAAAGACGUGUGUCUUCCCGUUCCCUGUACAUACAGUAGUGUAUAGGUUAGGAUUUGCCUCGAUGGGUUUCUGGCUGAAGCCGUUUGCUGUGUGGAAGCGAUUCCCAGAUGGAAGGACGGCGCCUAAUGAAGCACAAAGCUAAUCUAUCAGUAGCGUUACCAGAGUGAGGCACGAUUGUAUUCUCCCGUCUGACUGAGCCGUCAAGCUCACGGUGCCGUUAACCUGCUUCCUCCCACCAAAGCCGUACAAGACUAUAUGCUGCGCAGAUAAUAAGCCAUUUUUAUUUAAGACUUGGGCUAAAACCUGUUUGUCUGCUCCUGACCCUCUCCUUACCUCCAUUAGCCAUUUUUUUUUCCAUAUAUAAUUUGACCAGCUUCCCCAGAGAGCCAUCGCUGAUGUUCUAAGUGCUCUGUACAGGUGCCAAGCAGGGCUCAUAUCAGCCUACACCCCAUUGUUGUGAAAUAAUAUAUCACAGCAAGUUGACUGUGAAAUUACAUUUUAUCUCUCCAAGGAGCCAAACUUUCUUUUUAUUUAUUUUUUUUUCAAACUCUCUAUCUCUCUGCCCCCCUCCCUUUCUCUUCCCGUGCUGCUCUGUGUCCUAGAAACUAAUGAAGUGAGAAAUAAAGUUAAAAUAAAUGGCUA